GAGAUGAUAAUAUUGAUCUAAAAAGUCGUCAUGAAGCAAUGAAAGCAGAAUGUAGAUAUUAUAUAGUCAAGGCAUUAAUAGAUACAUCAUCUAGAGUAAAUUCUAUUAGAAGAAGCUUGAUCGAUAAGCUCAAAAUAGAGUACACUAAAUAUAAAGAAAAAACAGGAAAAGAUAGACUAGUAACUACUAAUGGUGAUGAUGUUUUUAAUGAUUUUGAGUUAUGGUUUCGUGAAGCAAAAAUAGAUAUGAAAAAACAAGGAUUAACAAUCUAUAGUAAUUUUGUACCAUUUUGCGAGGAGACAGACUCAUUCGAGUCCAAAGAAACCAAUGGUUCCAAAUAUGCGAGUCUGAAGCAACUCCAACAAUUUGAUCUUUGCUUUUGUAAAAUUACUAAUAUAACUAUCGAAGAGAUUGCUAGUUCGUGUCUUAAUUUAAAGUAUCUCAAAUUGGAAGGGUGUGAUAAUGUUAGCAAAGAAGCCAUAGAUCAGCUCAUUUCACUUAAUCCAAAUAUUCAUGUUGAGAAUUUCGUGUGUACUAUAACACUAGCCUCUUUUGAUACAUAUUUCGGGAUGUAUGAACUGUCAAGAAGACUGGGAAUGUCAGUUGAUGCACUAAGAGAUAUUAUGUUCAUACAUGAUUAUGUUAACAAUGAACUAAUGAGAAGAAUAGACAUUGUUAGAGCAAGCAUUAGGGUUCUGCAAAUGAUCUGA